GGUAAAUGCGCGACCAAAUAUGAUCCUUCUAUCUUCUUUCUUGUAUUUAUCCAGAUUUUCUUUUUCUUUUUCUUUUUCUUUGAAUUUCUUUUUUGUUUUUGCUUACAUGAACUCUCACCUCAUUUUGGGGCCUACAUUCCUUCAUUGAUUAUCACCGCGCAGGAUCACGGUUACCUGGAAUCCUCCGUCUUGUGUGUAGCGCUAAAGCUGUCUUAACAACUCAGGGGUCCUCUACGGAGAUUUUAUGAUUAGAUCUGAUCCCAACGAAUCACCACCAAAAUGGGCCACCUUCCCUCCAAACUGCCGUUCUCCAAGCGGCGAUUAAGGCCGCGCAUUGUUAUCUCGUGGGUCUCGGUCUAAUUCUGACCCAAAGCACGUUAUGCACAUGUUGCUAACCAUAUUUCGGCAUUCGCAGAUACAUCCUUGACUAUGUGAUUCUUGUGUUCGUGCACCUUAAGAUCAGCUGAUAUACACCUUUUCUCCGAGACCAUGCUAACGAGAUAAUGCCAUGACUGUAGCGCAUGUAUCGCCGGCUUUUACAUCAUCGACUCUAUUGAGCCAUAUCAUCAGCAUUUCUCCUUGAACAAUAUUUCCCUUAUGUACCCUUACGCUGUCCAUGAGCGCGUGUCCAUCCCACUCGCCCUUUGUAUCUCUGGCGUGGCUCCUCUGAUUAUCAUUGCGGUUUAUACACUCUUGAUCGAUGGAUUGUUUUCUCACAACAAACCGGUGGACCCGGCUUCUGGAAAGAAGAAGCUGACGGGUCCAUACCGGUUCAAAGACCGGCUGUGGGAGUUCAACUGCGGUUUCCUUGGCCUUCUACUGUCCCAAGGCCUUGCGUUCCUCAUCACCCAGGUUCUCAAAAAUGCCUGCGGCAAACCCAGACCAGAUAUCAUCGAUCGAUGCCAGCCCCGACCAGGAAGUGAGGAUCCAUUUCGUGGCUUGUCGAAUUACACAAUCUGCACGGGUGAUCCGGCGAUUAUCAAGGAUGGCUUUCGUUCUUGGCCUUCAGGGCACAGCAGCUCUUCCUUUGCCGGAUUGUUUUAUCUGACCCUGUGGCUUUGCGGGAAGCUACAUUUCAUGGACAACCGGGGUGAGGUCUGGAAGGCGAUUAUAAUCAUCAUUCCUUGUAUUGGUGCCACUCUUAUCGCAGUGAGUCGGAUUAUGGACGCAAGGCACCAUCCAUUUGAUGUGAUCACCGGCUCGCUUCUGGGCGUUGUCUGUGCCUACAUCGCGUAUCGCCAGUACUUCCCCUCAAUCACAGAGCCGUGGAAAAAGGGGCGAGCUUAUCCGAUUCGGUCUUGGGGUAGAGAUCCGGUCGCCCCAAGCGAUACUGCCCCUCUUGUGGCCACUAACGAAAGCACUGCCGCGCUGCGGAAUCCCGAGGAGGAGAGGCUUAAUGCAUCCGGCGUUCCUGACUUUCAAGAUCCCACUCAAUUACGCGCCUCAAGGUAUAUGCCUCCAGCUAACAACCCAUACGCCACGAAUAUGUAUAGCCGCGAUGAUGACGGACAUUGGUCGUCUUCAAGUGAGGAUGUUGCAGAUGGAUAUGAAAUGCAACAUGGUUACGCUCGGACACAAAAUCCGACAUACGGCGGACAGCUUCCUCGCUACGAGACUGAUACGUCAUAUCACUCCCAGAUACAACCUCAAGUUACAGGUGUCAGCGCGUCCCAUCCACCACCGAUGACGACCGUUCGCUCUGACGACGAACGGGAAUUGACGGAUGUACCACCGCGAGCAUUUUAAGCUGAAGCUUAGGUUUAAGAAACAUUCUGGCUUACAGCCAGUGCCACGAACAUCAUGAUUUUCUUUUGGAUAUGACGAGGGCAAUCUAGGGUAAUUUACGAAAUUUCAUAAUUGUCUAGGGUUGGGCUAUGGACAUAGUUGGCUGGUAUAUAUCUUUAGGAGAAGAUAUUCCGAUUUCUAGACAUCGCACCUGAUUUGCAUUCCCACCCUCUGUGAUACCGCAUGAAAUGUAUGAAUAAUGGCGUUUGGAAUAAGAACUCCUUUUUUCCGUCUCACUUGUCUACUUGUUGGUAGUAGUUUUAAGAUGCGAUAAAAAUAGGUGAUUUAUAGAUAAUAGAUAAGCUAGGG